CUGACGUGUGAUGAAUCCAGCAUAGAGCUCACACGUGUGAAGGCCAAACAUUUACAGUAAAAUAAUACAAAUUAUAAAUUGUGCAUCAUACAACCAACAUUAUAUGCAUGAAAUUGAAGCAUGAUAGUGGAUAAAAAGGCUUUCAAAAAGAAACGUAAAAACCCACACGCUCCACACACGCUCCAAAGGUCUAUUAGUCUGUGAUCGCUUUGACAUCCGGCAGACGCUCUCUUCUCUGAUCGACACCCAGAGCUCAUCGUCACCGUCCUACAGUCACACACUGCUUACAGGGCGACUCCUGACUCUGCAUCCGUGUGAAGGUCAUCGCCUGUCCAGCGCGUCACGACAUACGCGUGGGCUCAUAUUGAACAACCAGAGCAAAGGUCCUGUUCCACGGCAGCGAUGGACGUCUAACAACUAGCAGAGCACCCAGAGCUUCUGAAAGGAUGUGCUGUGAGGUGGUGAGAGUUCUCCGUGGUCUCGCUCAGCGUCUGCAGGGGUGCACGGAGAUCACGACACAGUGAAGCUGUAGUCUGGACGCAGGCCGCCCGGGAAAAAAUUUUCCCUGGAUAAUUCAUCCCUCGGCAGGUGGCUGGUUGGAAAUGAGGAGGGCAGCGCUGGUGGUUUGGAUCGGCCUUUUGGUGCAAGUGUCCCACGGUGCUCAGGGACAUUAUGCCCGCAAACUCCUGGCGGACCUGAUGGAGGACUACUCCAACGCUCUGAGACCGGUCGACGACACGGACAAAGCUCUCAAUGUCUCCCUGCAGAUCACCCUGUCGCAGAUCAAAGACAUGGAUGAAAGGAACCAGGUGCUGACCACGUACUUGUGGAUCAGACAGGUCUGGCAUGACGCCUACCUGAAGUGGGACAAGGAGGACUAUGACGACCUUGAGAUGAUCAACAUCCCCAGCGACCUGGUUUGGAAGCCCGACAUCGUCCUCUACAACAAGGCGGACGAGGAUUCUGCAGGUGAAUCCAGCACUAAUGUCAAGUUGCGUUAUAAUGGAGAGAUCGUGUGGGACUCUCCGGCGAUCACAAAGAGCUCCUGCGUGGUGGACGUCUCCUACUUCCCCUUCGACUGGCAGCAGUGCAAGCUCACCUUCGGCUCCUGGACCUACAAUGGCAACCAGGUGGACAUCAGUUUGGGGAUGGACAGCGGUGACCUGUCGGACUUUGUGGAGAACGUUGAGUGGGAGUGUCACGGCAUGCCAGCGGUCAGAAACGUCAAGAUGUACGGCUGCUGCUCGGACCCUUACACCGACAUCACCUACACCCUGCUCCUGAAGCGCCGCUCCUCUUUCUACAUCUUCAACCUGCUCCUGCCCUGCUUCCUCAUCUCCUUCCUGGCCCCGCUGGGCUUCUACCUGCCGGCCGACUCGGGGGAGAAGGUUUCCCUCGGGGUGACGGUGCUGCUGGCGCUCACCGUGUUCCAGUUGUUGGUGGCUGAGAGCAUGCCCCCCGCGGAGAGCAUGCCCUACAUAGGGAAGUACUACAUCGCCACCAUGACGAUGAUCACAGCCUCCACGUCCCUCACCAUCUUCAUCAUGAACAUUCAUUUCUGCGGCGCCGAGGCCAAGCCGGUCCCUCACUGGGCCAAGGUGCUCAUAAUAGACUACAUGUCCAAAAUCUUCUUCGUCUACGAGGUGGGCGAGAACUGCACCACGCCAGAGAGUGAGAAGGAGCCCCCGAACAACGACCAUUUCCUCGACUACCCCGACGGCGGCGACCCGUACGAGCACAGCAACGGCCACGCCGUGCCUCGCCGCGGCAGGCACCACGGAAGCCACGCAAACGGCAAUGCCAACAAUAGCCGCCACCAGUACAGCAGCCGCGCCGCCGGGCCGGAGAGGGGCGAGUGCGAGAGAGGCCACCCGGCACCUCCUCAUCCGCCCAACCUCCGGCACCUGAACGGCGGGCCGAAGGAGCGGCUGCUCUACCCCGCGGCGAAACUCCAACUCCCAGCCUGCCCCUGCCGCUGCCCCGGCCUGCAGCACAGGCAGGUGGUGAGAAACAUCCAGUACAUCGCCAACUGCUUCCGCGAGCAGAAGGCCACGUGCGUCAAGGCCGCAGAGUGGAAGAAGGUCGCCAAGGUGAUGGACAGGUUUUUCAUGUGGAUAUUCUUCGUCAUGGUCUUCCUCAUGAGCAUCCUCAUCAUCGCCAAGGCGUCCUGACAGCCCCCCCGCCGUCGUCUUUUUACCACACGGGUGACUUUCGUCCUACCGUCACCGCCGGAGCUCACCGCUACUCAAGUUAUCCUCGUUUUUACUGUGACGCAACACCAGGCAACUGUUUUAUACGUGUGUCAGCAUUGUGUUGUGUGUGUGUCUGUGUGUGUGUGGGUGGGUCCUCCGUUUAACGUGGGGAGCUCAUCAAAGCCUCUCGCUGCGUUACCUUCAGGAGAGUUUGCACGUGCACGGACUCUCCAUUAUGGAUGAUCGUCCAGCGAUAGGCGUCUCAUUACCGACGUCACAUUUAAGGGCCAACGGAUGAUGUUUUUUCCAGACUCAGUUACACUGAGAGGCCCAGCAGAUUGGAGACACGGCAGCUGAAUAAGGUAACAGAAGUAAUAGAUACCAGCAUGGAUUCAAAACGCUGAUUACUUUACAUUCACACAAUUAUUUGUUUGGAGUAACAGGUUUUCUGAAAAUGGUACGUUUCCAAAAGUCUACAAAUGUAAAUAGACUUUGAGAGAAAGAGUGAAUUAUCUUCCUACUCAUCUUUUAAAAGAUAUAUUUAGAGCGUAAAGCCUUUUACUACCUCCAGAGUGCAAACGGUCAAUGUGCUGUACCUUUGUCAUCUUAACUUUCCACUCAUUGCUCCAGUAAAAAACCGUUUCCAGUUUGCAGUGUGUUACAAAUCUCUUUUGUUUUACACCAUACAUAAGUCCACUUCUGUAUUUGUUUGGCUGAAAAACUCAUCAUACACUUUUGGGACACGUGUUUUGGGAAAUCAUUCUGCUUUAUCAUUUUGGAAAAGAUAAAUCAAUAACAACAGCAACAUGAAGGUGAGAAUGGGCAUAUAUGUAUUUUUAAGGAUACUGAAAUGUAUUUAACUGUUGCAAUUGUUACACAACAUUGAGGACACACACACACAGAUGACAAAU